UUUCCUGAGAGCCUCAGUAUAAAAACCUUCAGGGGAGGGAUGAGACAUAACAGAAAGAUUUGCGCCUGAUAUUUAUAUGUAGUUGAUAAUGUAAAAGAACAAAAAAUAGGACAUUUGCAGAGGGGAAAAAAUGAUCGCGUUGAUCGUAUCCAGACAUUUAAUAAACACUUUCCACAAAUAACAAAACUGACACCAGAACAAAAAACGGCUUGGAAUCUGCAAUAUCUAAAGGAAAAUAAAUCCGCGGACUAACUCGAGUUAAACUGCUUGAUGCUUCCCACCACACAGUAAAUAGCUUUUAUUUCAGACCGGUUUCCUGCGUAUCUGAAUUCUGCAUCUCAGCAUGACAGGUCUGAGUCUGGAAGACCUAACAGUUUUGAAUUUUGAAAACAAUGAAAUAAGCAUAAAUGUGGGAGGCUUUAAGAAGAAGCUGAGGUGGAACACCCUGUCCCGAUUUCCUGAAACCAGGCUGGCCAGGUUGCUGAGCUGCCAGUCCAAAGAGUCUAUACUAGAACUGUGUGAUGAUUAUGAUGACACGGAAAAGGAGUUUUACUUUGACAGGAACCCUGCCCUGUUCCCUUAUGUUUUAAAUUUCUACAACACCGGCAGGCUUCAUGUGAUGGCGGAGCUCUGCAUUUUCUCUUUCAGCCAAGAGAUAGAAUACUGGGGCAUAAACGAGUUCUUCAUUGACUCCUGCUGCAGCACCAUGUACCAUGGCAGGAAAAUAGAGCCAGAACAACAGGAUUGGGAUGAUAAAAGCGAAGAAGAGAGCACCACGUCUUCCUUCGACGAGAUCCUUGGCUUCUACAAUGAUGCUUCUAAGUUUGAUAAUCAGCCCCUGGGGAAUAUCAGGAGGAGGAUCUGGUUAAUGCUGGACAACCCUGGCUAUUCUAUCCUGAGUAGGAUAUUCAGCUUCCUUUCAAUAUUGGUGGUCCUGGGGUCUAUAGCUACCAUGUGUAUGAACAGUAUGUCUGACUUUCAGAAAUUUGACAGUGAAGGGAAACAAGUAGAGGACCCCAUGUUUGAAAUGGUGGAGCACUUUGGAAUUGGGUGGUUCACGUUUGAGUUGGUGGCGAGAUUUGCAGUUGCACCAAGUCUUAUCAGAUUCUUUGAACACCCUUUAAAUCUCAUAGACCUGAUGUCAAUCUUACCUUUUUAUUUGACUCUCUUCAUCAACCUGGUGGUAGAGAGCAGCCCGGCGCUUGCAAACCUUGGACGUGUGGCUCAGGUUCUGAGACUCAUGAGGAUCUUCCGGAUCUUGAAACUUGCUAGACAUUCAACAGGGCUUAGAUCCCUUGGCGCCACACUCAAGAACAGUUACAAAGAGGUCGGCCUCCUUCUGCUGUAUUUAUCUGUUGGGGUCUCCUUUUUCUCGGUGGUAGCCUACACCAUUGAAAAAGAAGAAAACGAUGGACUGACCACCAUCCCUGCCUGCUGGUGGUGGGCCACGGUCAGCAUGACCACAGUGGGCUAUGGAGAUGUGGUCCCAGGAUCCAUAGCAGGCAAGCUAACCGCAUCUGCCUGCAUAUUAGCAGGGAUCCUGGUGGUAGUGCUUCCCAUCACGCUCAUUUUCAACAAGUUUUCCCACUUCUACAAAAGACAAAAACAACUGGAAUCUGCAAUGAGGAGCUGUGACUUUGACGAGGGAAUAAAGGAGGUGCCUUCUAUUAAUCUGAGGAACUAUUAUGCACACAAAGUGAAAUCCUUAAUGGCAAGCCUUUCAAAUAUGAGCCGGACUUCACCCAGUGAUCAGAGCCUUAACAAUUCAGUACUUUGAAGGUGACCAAAGCAAAGGUCGGCGUAAGAGGUAGUGUACUUUGUGUCAUAAUAUUUAAUUUAAAUGGGAUGCAUGGACAAGGGGAACCUCAAGUAAAUCAAGGUAAAAAAACCCCAAAAAACUGGUACUUUGUGUUGUGUACAGAUGUAACCAACUAAAGACGUCAGCAAAUUGGAAAAGAUUUUCUUUAUUACACUGUUGCAAAACUGCAUGAGGAGCAUCUCCAAAUACAUCAAUGAGUGGCUGCUAUGUACAGUUCUAAAUUAUAUCAUAAUCUUAUGGAACCACUGUAAAUAUGUGUUUUAUGUUUUGACAGUACAAAGAAAUAAUGUAUAGCACAGGCAAUUUCGUAUUGACAAUGGACUGUAGAAAUACAGUUGGGUCAGUAACUUCUUGUUCAAGCACAUUAAAAUGAUAAAAUGGUAUACCUGAGGUAAAUGGGCAGCAUUUUAUAUCCUGUUGAUGAAGUGCAUUAUUCACCAAUAUGGUAGAAUACAAUUUAAUUUUGAAAAACGUGGGACUUGUCCCCUGGAGAUGCAAGCAACAAAUGAGGUGUUGAAUCAAAUGUACGAGUAACAAAUAUUUUUACAAAGCAGUUAGGAAUUCAAAUGGGCUCAUUUUGUGUUCAUUUUACCCUUAUAAAAGUUUACCAUAGUAAAAGCAUAGCAAAGUGUAAUAAAGCAAUGUGAAAGCAUGGUAGAGCAUUGCAAAGCCCAGAGCAGUAUGGCAAAGCAUAUUAAAAACAUUGCAAAACAUGUUAAACUGUAAUAAAUGCAUAGUAUAACCAUGGGAAAACGCAAAAGUACCGUGCAAAAAUACCAAGGUCAAAUUUUAGAAGGCUAGUUUGGUUACUUAUGAUCUUUGUUCCAAAAAAGUAACUUACAGGUUGGUAAUUAUUUUUGGUCUUUUCACAGUGUGCUAGUAUUUCACAAGUGUGAUUCACUGCCCUAAAAACAAAGCUUUUAAGUUACUUUCAAUCAAUCAAGCUUUAUUUUUAUAUAGCGCCUUUCACGAUAGAUCACCGCAAAGCGCUUUACAAGGAUAUAAACAUUAAUAAAUACUACUAAAAGGGUAAGAAAACAUUUUAAGUUAUAUAAACUAGAUUAUAGAAAUGUGUCUUUUAAAAGGCAGCAACAGUGGGAGCUUUCCUUACUGGGCUAGGCAGGACAUUCCAUAAUUUAGGGGCUUUUUGGGUAACUAAAGUGGCAUCCUGUGAUUGGAGUGAGCGUCUAGGAACACAUAGGGUUAAAAGAUAAUUUAAGUAAGAUGGGGCACAGCCAUUUAAAGCCUCAUAGGUUAAAAGCAGCUUAAAAUAUUUCCUAAACCUGACAGGAAGCCAGUGCAAAGAUGCUUGCACAGGGUAAUGUGUUCUUGUCUCUGUUAAAACUCUAGCAGCAGCAUUUUGUACAAGUUCCAGACCAGAAAUAACAUGACUAUGAAUACCAGAGAAUAGGGCAUUACAGUUAUCAGUCCUUGAAGAUACCUCUGUUUUACUGCAUUAACAGUUUGCUAGCUCAUAAUGACAUCCAACUGUUACUGUAUUAAAUCUAGAUCAUUUGUCAGGAGAACUUGCAUUAUAAAAUAUUCCAACAUUUAUGGAUAACAGAAAAUGAGGCAAUGCCAGUACAAGAGCACCUGUGGGUUAUCAUGGUUUACUUCAGCCCAUUUCAUAAAAAUGUACAACUCAAAGCAGAGAUAAAAGGUAUUUUUCAACACAAUUAUUUAAAAGCUUGGUCAGGAUUCAGAUCUGUGGCUAUUUUCUUAUUUGCUGAAGGAAGUGUAACAGACAUAACUAGUUUAAGCCUCCUUCUAUUCCACCAGCACAGAUCCGUGCUUUCACGUACUGCUGUUGCAUACUGUACUUCCUAGCACAGGGGAUAAGACACCAUUUAAAAGGGAUGACUUAAAAAAAAAAAAGUAUUUAUUUUUAUUUUUUAAAUUAAUAAACCUUAGUAAGCCUAUAACAUGUAUUUGUUGUUGCUGGUACCAUGUAAUAAUCUACUGUUAUAUUAUGCAAUAUAAAAUCUGAAAACUGUAUCUGGUAAUUGUUCGUCUCGGUUUUACUGUAAAAUAGGGUUUUAUUAACUUAUAAAUAUUAGAAACAGACAUCGCUGUGUCAUCAGCUGAAUGUGUUUUUCAAACGUGAGUGACAUGUUGAGCAGCAUGGACAAUUGAAUUAACUUUAAAAAACAGCAUGCGCUGUGUUGUAUGCGUAACCAUGAAUUGUGUUGUUUCAUGUUUAUAAAAACUGUUGGUUCGAUAAUUUGCUUAAAGUUGUCCCAAAUCACCAGCAGUAAAUAAAAUGUUAAAAUAAUAAAGAAAAUUACAUUUUGUUGUGCACAUUAAUUUUUGGUAGAGAUGUGCAAACAAAAACUACACGGUAGGCUUUCACUA